AUGACCAUCCCACCUGCCUGGGGAAAAUUUGCGCCGGCGCAAAUUCAAGGACCUACACCAGGCUUGAACGAGGCAUCGUUACAGCAGUCGCGAGAGAAUGAAGAUGUCAUACGAAGUUUCCAGCUCAAAGACACGACAACAAAGAAGCAAGAAGGCCAUGUGCGGAAGCCAUGGGCACAUUUUGUCGCGGGAGGAAUUGGGGGAAUGAGCUCUGCGAUUCUCACAUCUCCUCUCGAAGUCCUCAAAACUCGAUUACAAUCCGACUUCUAUCAAUCUCAAAUAUUAGCAACGCGAGAUGCUCGCGGCAUACCUCCACCAUCCGACCUCUCUUUACCUCGCACAGCCCUCCUACAUUUCCGUGAAACUUUCCAGCUAUUAUUCUCCAUCCAUCGCGUUGAGGGAUGGCGAGCACUUUUCAAAGGGCUGGGGCCCAACCUCACUGGUGUAGUCCCAGCGCGGGCGAUCAAUUUCUACUCCUACGGCAACGGCAAGAGAAUCAUAAGUCAAAACUUCAACCACGGACAGGACGCCGCCUGGGUCAAUUUUUGUGCUGCUGCGAACGCGGGUAUAAUCACAGGCACGAUCACAAACCCAAUAUGGGUCGUCAAGACGCGGAUGCAACUCGAUAAAAAUCAUGCGGAAAAAACAAGCACUUCGUCCAAUCGUCAAUACUCAAAUUCCUUCGAUUGCGUCAAACAGACAAUACGUAGUGAAGGAAUUAGAGGUCUAUAUCGGGGAUUAAGCGCAAGCUAUCUUGGAGUGACUGAAAGUACUUUGCAAUGGGUGCUCUAUGAGCGGAUGAAGCUGUAUUUGAGGCGCAGAGAGGACAGGCUCAUGGCUUCGGGCAGAAAAGCAACGUACUGGGAUAAUUCUGUGAGCUGGGGUGGCAGAGUUCUGGGGGCUGGCACUGCGAAGUUCUUUGCAGCUGUUAUCACGUAUCCCCACGAAGUGGUUCGGACUCGAUUACGGCAAGCACCACAAAGGGAUGGCCGCAUGAAAUACACUGGAAUCGUGCAAUGUUUAACGACCAUCUGGAGAGAAGAGGGUAUCGCCUCACUGUACGGUGGGCUUACACCACACAUGCUGAGAGUCGUACCUAGUGCUGCCAUCAUGUUCGGAAUGUAUGAAGUUAUACUACGGCUACUAGGAGAGCAAGCUUGA